AUGACACAUACGCAGUCGCUGUUCCUGACCUUGAUGGGCGCUGCCGCCCUGACUCAGGCAGCCAAAGUUCAUUAUGACCUUGACCUUACAUGGCAGAGAGGCUCGCCAAACGGACAUGAGAGAGAGAUGAUAUUUGUGAAUGAUCGCUUUCCAGGCCCUCCAUUGAUUCUAGAUGAAGGGGAUGAAGUCACAAUAGAUGUGUUUAACAACUUGCCAUUCAACACAUCGGUCCAUUUCCACGGCAUUGAACAAACCAACACCCCAUGGGCCGACGGAGUAUCAGGUCUCUCCCAAUGGGCCAUCAAGCCCGGUGACAAAUAUCGAUAUCAGUGGAAAGCCACGACUUACGGUACAUACUGGUACCAUGCCCACGACAAGGAUAGAAUAAUGGAUGGUCUCUACGGUGGCAUUCGUAUCCGUCCGUCUGACGACCGGGAAUCGCCUUUCUCAAUGAUCUCCGAUGACCCCACCGAUAUCAAGGCCAUGACCAGAGCCGCCCAUGAUGCCCAGUUGGUGAUCAUGUCUGACUGGAACCAUCUGCCGUCCAAUGAGUAUAUGGAUGCUCUCAGAGAAACAGGCUAUGAUAUCUUCAUUCUCAUCAAUGGCGCAGGCUCCGUAUACUGCAAAGACCCUGAUUACCUGACAAACCUCCAGCCGCCGCAGGUCAGACAAGUCAUAACUGAGUCUUUGACGGAUAAGGGAUGUGAUCCAUUCAUGCCAAUUCUUCAGGGGAACUGGGAGCACCACCCAGAGAAGCUUCCUGCGGGGUUGAACUCUGGAUGUGCUCCCAGCGAGGGUCCGAUUUCAGUCUUUGAAGUGACACCUGCCGAUCGAUGGGCCAGUUUCAACUUCGUCAGUGCAGCAAGUCUCAAAUCGUUAAUUUUCUCCAUCGAUGAACACCCGAUGUAUAUCUACGAGGUGGAUGGACGUUACAUUGAGCCCCAGCUUGCACAUCAAGUUUCCAUUUACAAUGGAGAGCGUUACUCUGCUAUGAUCCUGUUGGAUAAGGAGCCUGCCAGCUACACCAUCCGUGUUGCUGGUCACGACAACCAGGUUAUCUCUGGCUACGCCACUCUCACUUACAAAGGCAGCGAGAAAAGCAAGCGUGAAUCAACGGCAUACAUCGAUUACGGUGGUAGCAACACCACAACCUCUGUAAUCGACUUGGACACUACUAACCUGCCGCCAUAUCCUGCCGUCCUGCCUGCGGAGGACGGCGACGAUUUCCAUCUCCUAAUCCUUGGACGGAUCAACUCAUCUUGGGAAUGGACUUUGGAUGGAACAACCUUCCUCCCAGCCAAUCUGAACCAAAUGGAGCCAGUGAUUCUCAACCCCAAAGCACCCGGCCUGGCUUCUGCCCUCAAGAUCGAGACCCUGAAUGGCACCUGGGUGGACAUUGUGUUCCAGCUUGCAAUCCCAGAGCCGACCAAGUUGCAGCCACCACACCCAAUGCACAAGCAUUCCAACAAGGCAUUUUUGAUUGGUAGUGCAAUGGGAAAGUUCACAUGGGGAUCUAUCGCUGAAGCGAAAGCGAGCAGCCCGGACAGCUUUUUUGAAACGCCUGUGUACCGCGACAACUUUGUCACCGCGCCGAACGGAGAAGCUUGGAUUGCUAUUCGAUACCAGGUUGUGAACCCAGGGCCAUUUCUCUUGCAUUGCCAUAUGGAGACGCACUUCAUCGACCACGAAGGUUGUUACGAGGGCUGA